CCGCGCGCCCCGCGCAGCCGGCACCAAGAUGGCGGCGCGGACCGGCGGAGAGCGGCUGCGCCAGGGGCCGCGGGGCCCGGAGCGGAGUUGCAGCGGCUGAAGUACCCGAGCUGCUGCUGGAGGCCGCGCCCCGCCACCGGGACCCCGGCCUGUGGCCGCGCCGGCUCCGGCCGCGGGGAGGCCCGGGCCGCCGGGACAUGGUGCGAGCCACGCCGCGCCGCCGCUGAGCUCGCCGGCCGCGCCGGGGCUCGGACGUCUGACCAGGAAGAUGUUUUCCGCCCUCAAGAAACUGGUGGGGUCGGAGCAGGCCCCCGGCCGGGACAAGAACAUCCCCGCGGGGCUGCAGUCCAUGAACCAGGCGCUGCAGAGGCGCUUCGCCAAGGGGGUGCAGUACAACAUGAAGAUAGUGAUCCGGGGGGACAGGAACACGGGCAAGACCGCGCUGUGGCAGCGGCUGCAGGGCCGGAGGUUCGUGGAGGAGUACAUCCCCACGCAGGAGAUCCAGGUCACCAGCAUCCACUGGAACUACAAGACCACGGAUGACAUCGUGAAAGUUGAAGUCUGGGACGUGGUUGACAAAGGAAAAUGCAAAAAGCGAGGCGACGGCUUGAAGAUGGAGAACGACCCCCAGGAGGCGGAGUCCGAAAUGGCGCUGGAUGCUGAGUUCCUGGACGUGUACAAGAACUGUAACGGGGUGGUCAUGAUGUUCGACAUCACCAAGCAGUGGACCUUCAACUACAUCCUCCGGGAGCUGCCAAAAGUGCCGACCCACGUGCCGGUGUGCGUGCUGGGGAACUACCGGGACAUGGGCGAGCACCGGGUCAUCCUGCCGGACGACGUGCGCAACUUCAUCGACAGCCUGGACAGACCUCCAGGUGCCUCCUAUUUCCGCUAUGCUGAGUCUUCCAUGAAGAACAGCUUCGGCCUGAAGUACCUUCAUAAGUUCUUCAAUAUUCCAUUUUUGCAGCUUCAGAGGGAGACGCUUCUGCGGCAGCUGGAGACCAACCAGCUGGACAUGGACGCCACGCUGGAGGAGCUGUCAGUGCAGCAGGAAACCGAGGACCAGAACUACGGCAUCUUCCUCGAGAUGAUGGAGGCUCGAAGCCGUGGCCACACAUCCCCGCCGGCGGCCAACGGGCAGAGCCCGUCCUCAGGCUCCCAGUCACCGGUCGUGCCUCUGAGCACCGUGUCCACAGGGAGCUCCAGCCCCAGCACACCCCAGCCCACGCCACAGCUGCCCGCCAUCACCCCUGCAGCCUGCCCCGCCCCACCGGCCCCUGCGGCCCCCCUAGAGGCCCCUGCGCCGCCCCCAAGGCGCAGCAUCAUCUCCCGGCUGUUUGGGACCUCGCCUGCUGCCCCCACGGCACCUGCCCCUCCAGAGCCAGCCCCUGUGGCAGAGGCCCCCAUAGAGGUCCGGAAUGUGGAGGACUUUGUUCCUGACGACCGCCUCGACCGCAGCUUCCUGGAAGACACAGCCCCCUUGGAGGAUGAGAAGGGAGCUGGAGCCAAGGCCCCGCGGCAGGACAGCGACAGUGACGGGGAGGCCAUCGGAGGAAACCCCAUGGUGGCAGGUUUCCAGGACGACGUGGACUUCGAAGACCAGCCUUGUGGCAGACGCCUGCUGGCCUCAGGCCCUGUCCCCAGUAAAAACGUCACACUGUCCAGCGAGGAGGAAGUGGAGGCGCCAGACCUCCCCGGCGUUGCUGCCCCGGCCCCCCAGCCGUCCUCAGAGCCAGAGACACAGCGGUCCUCCGCAAAGGCCUCGAGGCCACAGAAGGGGGCAGCACCCCCAAAGGCCGAGGCACCCCCCUGGCCGGGAGGUCCCCCCGUGCGCACAGGUCCCGAGAAGCGCAGCAGCGCCAGGCCCCCCGCCGAGGGCUCCUUGCGCAGGCCGGAGGAAGGCAAGGCCCAGCAGGCGUCCUCGUCAGAGAGUGACCCCGAGGGGCCCAUCGCCGCACAGAUGCUGUCCUUUGUCCUGGAUGACCCCGACUUUGAGAGCGAAGAGUCAGACACACAGCGGAGGGGGGAUGAGUUCCCCGUGCGAGACGACCUCUCCGACACGACCGAGGACGAGGGCCCUGCCCAGCCACCCCCGCCCCCCAAGCCCUCCGCCCUCACCUUCAGGCCGAAGAACGAGGCGGAUCUCUUUGGGCUGGAGCUGGAGGCCGUCCCCAAGGACAGCAGCGAAGAGGGUAAGGAAGGCAGACCGCCCUCCAAGGAGAAAAAGAAGGAGAAGAAGAAGAAGAAAGGCAAGGAGGAGGAAGAAAAGGCUGGAAGGAAGAAGAGCAGACACAAGAGGAACAAGGACGAGGACAAGGACAAGGAGGAGCGGCGGCGGAGGCGGAAGCCCCCCCGCAGCAGGGAGAAGAAGGCCGAGGAUGAGCUGGAGGCCUUCUUGGGCGGCCACCACCCUGGGGGUGGGGACUAUGAGGCACUCUAGGCCUUCGGCCACCCUGUGCUCGCUGCCGCCUCGGGGAGGCCUGUGCCCGGCAGCCUUUGCGGUC